CGUUGGCGUGUCGUCGGUUUCAGAGGUUUUUUUGAAAGACGGUUUUUUGAAAACCUAUUUCCGCUCUGAGUCGCAGUUGAAACUGAGCUACUGAAACUAUUCAACGCGCGUGAAAGAAUCCAUUAAUUUAUCUGUGUAUUUAGUGUGAGAUAAAACUUAACAGCUAACCCAAAUCAUUUGGCUGCACUUGUGUACCGCACCUCUCUGCAACUCAACGAAAAAAUUUGAAAAAUAAAUCUCACGCGUCGAAAUGUCGCCGGCUGACGAUAAUUCCUUUGCCACAACGCAUGGAAACAAAAAGGCCACCUACACGGUGAUAUGCAUCAAGAUUGUGGAAUUGUGCCUGCUCAUAUGCUGCUUGGGUCUGAUCGACGAGCCGGCCACCAACUCUCACCUGCGGGUGUUCAUCACUCCCCGAGUUGCUUCCCUUUGCUAUGUGACCUUUGGUGCCCUGACCAUCUACACGGCGAUCUAUCUGAUAAUGGCGCUCUUCGGUGACUUGACUCCAUGGCGUACGGCUACCUUGUGGAACCUGGUGGCCUUUGUGCUCUUCGUGGCCGUGACGGCUCUGCUCUUCCGGGAUUGGUCCACCACCAAGGAUCGCAACUACUGGCACCCGAAUAUGCAUCGCUUGGAUCUCGUGAUGGCUUCCGCCUCGAUCGCCUUGGUCACCUCGCUGGUCUACUUGCUGGACAUUCUCAUCACCCUGCGUUUGGGUGUGCACGGCGAUCUGGAAUGACAUGGUCUGCCCCGUAGAGUUUGGCGGGAAAGAGGUAUCCACUCGAUUCUCGCCUAGCUUGGACUGUAAUAUUUAUAGCUCCAGCUUAGAAGUAAGAACCCCGUUCGCAUCCCCGUCUCCCAGCUAAUUGUAAUCCCACGAGAAAACAAAUUGCCAUCAUCGAAUCGAAAAUGUACAAAAUCGACGCCCGAGAAGGUUUAAAGUUCUUAAUCGGCUGCCCUGUUUUGUUUUUUUAUAUAAGCUUAAUUACAUCGAGCAUCACGAAUGUUAUAUCUAACUCAAUUAAUAAAUAAGGUCCAACGCAAAUAAAUUUUGUACGAGCGAAUAUUUUUCGAAAUUAAUCUAUUUCCUUUUGAAACUGUCCAAAUAAAAAUGUCGUAUUUUAAUGUAUUAUUGAUAA